AUGGAGCGGGGUGAGGUCUACGGUUUCUCCGCCGCCAUGAGCGGCGCCUUCCUGCUGUCGUGCCUGCUCUUCGCGGCCAUCAACCGCCGCCAGCGCGGGCCCUACAUGGACGAGGCCUUCCACGUCCCCCAGGCGCAGGCCUACUGCCACGGCCGCUUCCUGCAGUGGGACCCCAUGAUCACCACGCUGCCGGGCCUGUACCUGGCCUCGGUGGGAGUCGUGAAGCCAGCGGUGUGGCUCUUCGGCGGGAACUUUUAUUUACUGUAUUUACUUCUGUCCAAGAUCCAUCAGAAGAAUAAGGCUGUGUCUGGUUUCCAGAGAAUCUUGUCUACAUUAACUCUUGCAAUGUUUCCCACCCUUUAUUUUUUUACAUUCCUUUAUUAUACAGACCCAGGAUCAGUGUUUUUUACUCUCUUUGCCUAUUUAAUGUGCCUUUAUGGUAACCAUAAAACUUCAGCUCUGCUCGGAUUUUGUGGCUUCAUGUUUCGUCAGACCAAUAUCGUGUGGACAGUUUUUUGUGCUGGAAAUGUUGUUGCAGAGAAGCUAAAUGAAGCCUGGAAGACAGAGUUACAGAAAAAGAAAGAUGAAAAGAUUUCUUCCAGGAAAGGAUCAUUUCCAGAUUUGAUCAGAAUAUUGCGGUUUCUUAUUGAAUAUCUCAUAUCACUUAAAAACUUGGUUACACUUACUGUUUUAACUUGGCCAUACAUCAUAUUAGUUAUGGUGUUCUUUGUUUUUGUCUUCAUCAAUGGUGGAAUAGUUGUUGGUGACAGAAGUAGCCAUGAAGCCUGUUUGCACUUUCCUCAGCUGUUCUAUUUUCUGUCCUUUACUGUCUUUUUUUCAUUCCCUCAUUUAUUAACCCCUACUAAAAUCAGGAAAUUUCUUCUGUCAUUACGAAAGCACCCUGUGCAGUACAGCUUAGUUGCUGUCAUCUCUUCGUUCCUGAUCUGGAAAUUUACCUAUGUUCAUAAGUAUUUACUAGCAGAUAACAGACAUUAUACAUUCUAUGUCUGGAGAAAAAUUUUCCAAAGACACGAGCUUGUAAAAUAUGUAUUAGUUCCAGUCUAUAUGUUUGCUGGCUGGAGUUUUGCUGAUACACUAAAAUCAAAAUCGAUAUUCUGGAUCUUAAUGUAUUUUGUAUGUUUAUUAGCGGUCACAGUUCCUCAAAAACUGCUAGAAUUUCGUUAUUUUAUUUUGCCUUUCUUAAUAUACAGGCUCAAUAUUCCAUUUUCAUCUCUAUAUAGACAACUUCUGGAGUUAGCUUUUUAUAUUGUUGUGAAUGCCGUAACUUUUUAUCUUUUCCUAAACAAAACAUUUCAAUGGCCAAAUAGCGAUGAAAUCCAGAGGUUUAUGUGGUGACUUUUUUUUUUUUUGAUGCUUUCAUAGUUUCAUGAGGGAAACUCAGUUCUGUUUCAGGACUGUGGGCUCUGGA